AUUUCAGUUCCUGGAACGAGAAUUCGUACGACUCCAACUCUCUCAAUUCUUGUCCCAGGAACUGCAAUUGUCAGGCAGCGCCCUCCUCGCUGCUUCCUGCCUUCCUGCCUUCCUUCCCUCCCUGCCUCCCUCCCGUGCCGAUGAUGAUGAGACGAUGUGCCCGCACAGACGCGGAGAAUCCUCUAAUUUGACGAGCCCCGUGUCUGCCUGCUAGUCGAAAAGAGAUCCUACCCUAUCUGUCACCUCCUCUAUCGCCUGGAAACCGUACGUACAACCAAAAGAGUGGCUGUCGAAGGAAUCGUCUCGUUCACAGAGCGUCGUUAGAAGUAAGCUCGUGUUUUCUUCAAAACACAUGUUUUAAUGGUGUGCUAACAAGGACAAAUGUGGCCUCCGCUGAACCGAACCCUACUCAGAAUGAGCGCCUCGGCUGGCGAUUGCCUUGCAGCUCGCGCGACGGUGUCGUAGCAGCGGACGAAUGCGUGCUGUCUUUCGGAGAGACGACGGGGCCGCGAGGCAAGCGGGCAAUUGAAGAGGCGAGCGAGCGAGCGAGCGCAGCGGAAUGGCGGAGGGCGAGAGGAACGACGGACGCGCGCUGCAGGCCAGCGCGGGGGCGACCACGAACGGCAGCACGGAGCAGCAGCAGCAGCGCAAAUGUGGCGGUGAGAAAAAUGCGCAGGCGCUGGUGGUCUCGGAGGCCGGCUCGGAUUGGACCAAAAGGGAUCAUGUUGGGAGUCUUUUCCCCGGUAUCCCGGAUGACAUCGCGAUUGAGCACAUUCUCACGAAAGUGACAUGGAAAAGCCUGUGCAUGCUGUCGACCGUAAGCCGUGGAUGGCGACUGGCUAUCCAAUCGCGGCAGGUUCACCGAGCCCGAAUGCGCAACAACUCGACGCGAACCCUGGUUUCCACCGCGCACCUCCGCAAGGACAACACUGGCUUCGCAAUCUCGCUCUACGAUCCCGCCGAGUUUCGCUGGCUGCUCCUGCCGCCCAUCCCCGACAUCCGCGGCGGCAUUCCUUACGGCUGCGGCUGCGUGGUGCUCGACGGAAAUCUGUACGUGGUAGGUGGACUCGACGACGAGAAACCAAGAAUAGACGUGUACAAGCUCGAUCUGGCAGCGUGCAAGCGCGUGUGGGAGAAAUGCGCCACCAUGCGCCAAGGGCGCAGACACUUUCCCUGCGUGGUGAAAGACGAUAAGAUUUACGUGUUCGAGCCUCGCGUGACAUUCUCCGGCGAGGUUUUCGAUCCCCAGCGCAAUGAGUGGACUGAUUUUGGAGACAUUUCCGCCCUCGCGUCCCCGCCUGGCCCCUGGAGGAUGACUUCCAUCGCGGCCACGGUCGACGAGGAGAUUUUCGUGCACGCCGAGGAGCUCUAUCAGGUAUACAAUACUUACACUGGCGCAUGGCGGCAGGUGCCAUACCCUGAUUAUGCGGACGAGCCAUGGCGUCACACUCUGGUGGUGGUCGAUGGGCAGCUGUACGAUCUGCUGCCUGACUCGGUGCAAGUUUACUCCGUCUCGACGGACUCCUGGACCUGCGUACAACGCAUUUCGUACCACUUUGUUGACAACAUCUCGAUCAGUGCUGCCGUUCCCCUCGAUGGCGAGCUGCUGACGCUCUUCACUUGUUUUGCCGAUGAUGGCGUUUCCGGGGAAAGGCUCGUUUCUGCAGCUUACAUCUCCUCGGGUUUCGGCCGUCCUGAUUGCAACCUUGUGUGGUCCCGCAUAUGCAGCCCCUUCCAAUAUAUUAUGGGAGGUGACUUCAGUCGCCUCUGCACGAUCCAACUUUGAGCGGAGGUUUGAUGAUCAGCCCUCGAAGACAGCAGCCAGCAAGGAUCCAUUUGUGUGGUUUGUAGGACUUGAAGAAAUCGUGAGCCUAGGGAGUGGGUUUCUUAAGAUUCUUCUUCGUGGCCGUUCAAGAGGGCUUCUUCACAGCAGCAACGAGCAACCUGAUAAUGUCCUCGAAGUGUAGUCAAUCAAUCAAUUCAGAGAAGAGGAGUGCGGAGACAGAGCCAUCGGGGCGGGGAAGCAUGCAAUUGACAAGUCUGCAACUUAAGGCAUGCGUUGAAAGUUUAGCUGCCAAAAACCUGGAGGAUAAAAUAGAAUUGGGUAGUGCGAGAGGGUGGAGUGUGCAUAGGCUUUGUAUUUUAGUGGGAAUGAAUGAAGGAAAUUUUACGGAGAUCCAAGCUGCUAUGUAGCACAAAGUGAACGAAGACAAACUGUACCGACAAAACCGAGAAUGAAGAAAGGACCAAAGACGAAGAUAAGCCAAUGGAGAGAAUACCUUUUGAUCGGUGGCUCCGCCUGCUGAAGCUGCAGGAAGAACUUGCUCAUGCUCUGAGAAAGGGGAAGAUCAAUUUACUGCCGGAUUCUCAAAAGCCGAUACGUUACCACGCAGACAAAAUAUACUCUUAGAAGGUUAGUGAAGAAGCGAAGCGAGGAAGAAUGAACAAACGUGAUAUGACCUCAAAGAAAGGCGUUUCUUCUUGCUCUCCACGAAAACACACCCUCCCAACUAGCCAAGACGGAUAUGAUAAAUCCGAAGACAUAAUCGGUGAAUGACAGCCGAUAGUUCUGCCUUUUCUCUGGACCAGCUGCCCAAAAGAAGUGACGUGUAGCGAGUGAAAGUAUGUCAGUCACGGCAAGAGACAGUGGACAAGAUCCUCAUUUCACCAAAGAUAUGUCGUGUGGGGCCACACUUGCAGGCCUCUUCUCGUUCAGUUCUCACCUGCCAUUGACACUCAUUGCAUUGUUUUGCGCCGUUAAUCUAGAACCUACAAGUGGCUUAUGUUGCCCGUAGAUUGCAAGGAAUGAGUGAUGAGAACGUUGACAUCCAGUUGAGGGUUUCAUCGGCUCGGAACGCUGUCAUCAUGCCUUUUUGUGUAACUUAAUGGUUGUUUCUCGUAGAAGAGGUAUUUUCGAAGAUGAGUGGAUGCAAAUCAACUUUUGCGUAUUGAAUAAGCAAGAAUAUGGCAUCAGUUGAAAAAAUUUAUAUUCCGUGUUGCAAGAGUACUCACCACGCAAUACAGGAUCACGUGGUCAUGCCACCUC